UCUCUUUAUCUACGUUCCACCUCGUUCAAUUGUCUUUACCCACGAUCUCCGGCCCUCCCUCUCACCCACCAGGAAAAAGAGGGGAAAAUUCAAUCCGCAAUGGACGGUAAUCUGCUUGAGAGUCUCCUGGACCUGGAGGAAGAAUUCUACCAAGAAGGAUUCGACCUGGGCUCCGCAGAUGGCGCCUUGGCUGGCUACACCGAAGGAAGUGUUUUCGCCGUCGAGAAAGGGUUCGAAAAGUUCGUCGAGAUCGGAAGACUGUACGGCAAGGCGUUGGUUUGGGCUCAGCGAGUCGCAGACUCCGACCCGUCUGUCUCUGCCAAGGCUGUUUCGGAGUCGCAAACGGAGGAUGGGACGAGUGGCAGACCGGGCGAAGGAUUGCUGGACCCAUCGCUUUGCAAGGAGAUGCCAAACCUGGUGACGAGCUCCAGACUGGCCAAGAAUCUCGACACUCUGCUCGAAUUAGUCGACCCAGCUUCUCUACCGAUGGUGAACGAUGAGGAGGCCGUCAACGAUGUGGACGAACGCUACAAGGGCGCUGUCAUGAAAGCCAAGCUCAUCCAGCGUUCGCUAGGCGAAAAGGAAGACAGUUCGGAUAUUCACCCGGACGCAAAGGAGACGUCGACUGCAUCUGCAGGUGACGGAACAGGCAGCAUCGAAGAUAUCAGCUCGUUAAGUAUUCGCCAUUGAGGACCCUCGUUGCUGCAAGUCCGCACUUACCGUACGACGACGGAUUGCUCUGCAAGGGAUGUCGCGGUUUUGCCUUGGCAACGGAUCGUUUGCUUUACCAGAUCGGAGUUACUCCGAAUCAUUUGCUCGAUCUGCCAAGUU